CCUCUCCUUCCCUGGCUCUCAGCCCUGGAGUGGAAGAUGGACGGGGGUCCGCAGACUUUGCUGGCCCUCCUGCGCCUGCUGUUCCUGGCGCUGCCGGCCGUCGGGUGGCUAACAACCGGCACCCCCUCGCCGCCUCCAUCGGAAGUCCCGCAGGAUGGCAUAAGAAUUAAUGUAACUAUCCUGAAAGAUGAUGGAGAAGUAUUUAAAGAACAGGUUGUUCUUAACAUAACCUAUGAAAGUGGACAAGUAUAUGUAAAUGAUGUACCUGUAAAUAGUGGUGUAAGUCGAAUAAGCUGUCAAACUUUGAUAGUGAAGCGUGAAAAUUUGGAGGAAAAAGUGUAUUUUGGAAUUGUCGGUGUCAGGAUUUUGGUUCACCAGUGGCCUAUGACAUCUGGUUCCAAUUUGCAACUAAUUGUCAUUCAAGAAGAGGUAGUAGAGGUCGAUGGACAGCAGGCUCAACAAAAGGAUGUUACUGAAAUUGACAUUUUAGUGAAGAAUCAAGGAAUACUCAGACAUUCAAACUAUACCCUUCCUUUGGAAGAGAGCAUGCUGUACUCUUUGUCCCGAGACAGUGACAUUUUAAUUACUGUUCCUAACCUCUCCAAAAAAGUAGAUAGUGUUAGUUUGUUGCAGACCACCAGCCAGUAUCUUAUCAGGAACAUGGAAACCACUGUGGAUGAAGAUGCUUUGCCUGGCAAAUUACCUGAGACUCCUCUUAGAGCAGAUCCUCCUUCCUCAUACAAGGUGAUGUGCCUGUGGAUGGAGAAGUUCAGAAAAGACCUGUGCUUGUUCUGGAGCAGGAUUUUCCCCGUGGUCUUCAUGCUUCUCAAUGUCAUGGUGGUUGGAAUGCUUGGAGCAGCUGGGGUCAUAACCAUGUUAAAGCUGCUUUUCCCAGUUUCUGACUACAAAGGAAUUCUUAAGAUGGAUGAAGUGAAUGUUGUACCAGUGACAGCUAUCAAUGUUUAUCUAGAUGGCUCUGAGGACAAAGCAGAAAACCUUGAAUAUAAAACACGUAUUUAAAAUACCAUCUCAAAUCAUGGAUUCUGAACUAAUCUCUCCGAAUUUGCCACCUGAAUAUGAUUUUCUUCAAAUCAUUGUCAGUUUUUGCAUAAAGAAAUUACCAAACUCCUAAAUCUGCCUGAAAAUUGACCUUCACAAUGCCAAGUUAAAGUUGGCCUUUUCUGUAAGAGGGUCCUUGUUUGGAUGAAAUACUAAAGAAAAGCUAAGUGAAGGAGAAGAUGUGGAGAGAUGCUGAAAGCACCAAAAAGAAAAUUAAAAGGUGAGCCAGAGUGCCAUGUGCCAAUCACUUUCCCAGGUGCCUUGACUAAGGAAAUUACAUCCAUUAACUGUAAAAUUUUAUAAAAAAGCACUUUAUGAAAUUUUAAUUUAAAAGCUCAAGAAUGUAACACUUAUUUUUUUAUUCAGCACAAUGUGCCUUUCUGUUAAGCAUGUAACAGUAUGAAAUCACUGAGAGUGUUAUGAUUUACCAGUGUCAUGCACAAGACCACUUUUAUCUUUAAUGCCCCUGGACUUAAAAAUUGUAGUGAUAUGUUCUCACUCUAAAAUAAACUUUUUUACAGAAAACCA